AUUGACGUAACAGUUUAUGCGACAGUUUAAGGUCGGAAGGCAACCUUCCAGAUACACAUGUUAAGCUACAGUAGUACUUUGAUAAAUCUCAUUUUCCCUAGAACGGUAUAUAUAAAAAAAAAAAAAACAGAUACGAUGCUGAUGUUAAGUCGAGCGGUGUUGUGGGGUACGAGGAGACACCGCUGUCGCUACUUUUCUACGGCACAAAACAACUGGAACGCCAGAAAAGUACGUUUCAUAAAGGCUAGAAAACAGGCUACCUAGCCCUUGGUGACUCAGUGCCAUUACACAGAGUUAAGUCAUUGGACGAAGGCGUCUUCUGUAUGGACCUAGUUGAUGAUGUUGAAUAUCACCGGGCGGCAGGUAGCUUAGUGGUUAAGAGCGUUGUGCCAGUAACCGAAAGGUCGCUGGUUCUAAUCCCCGAGCUGACUAGGUGAAAAAUCUGUCGAUGUGCCCUAGAGCAAGGCACUUAACCCUAAUUGCUCCUGUAAGUCGCUCUGGAUAAGAGCGUCUGCUAAAUGACAAAAGAGUACUUUCUGAAGGCACUGUAGCUAGCUUAGCUGGACCAGAUCACUGGUGAAAGGGGAAUAAUAGCUAGCUAGCUACUGUCCUGACUCUGAGACACCUGUUAAAGAACAGGAAGCUAAAGGUAACACAAUGACUAGUCGUCUCCUAUCUAUAGUCCUGGGACUGUCAUGUACAGCUAGCCAUAGCCCUCUACUGUAGCCAGCUAGCUAGCUGUCUGUGUUGUUGCUGCUGGGCUGAAAGCCUUGGUAGUAGCUAUCCACAGCCCUCUACUGUAGCCAGCUAGCUAGCUGUCUGUGUUGUUGCUGCUGGGCUGAAAGCCAGCUAGCUAGCUGUCUGUGUUGUUGCUGCUGGGCUGGAAGCCUUGGUAGUAGCUAGCCGUAGCCAGCUAGCUAGCUGUCUGUGUUGUUGCUGCUGGGCUGGAAGCCUUGGUAGUAGCCAGCCACAGCCCUCUACUGUAGCCAGCUAGCUAGCUGUCUGUGUUGUUGCUGCUGGGCUGGAAGCCUUGGUAGUAGCUAUCCACAGCCCUCUACUGUAGCCAGCUAGCUAGCUGUCUGUGUUGUUGCUGCUGGGCUCGAAGCCUUGGUAGUAGCUAGCAACAGCCCUCUACUGUAGCCAGCUAGCUAGCUGUCUGUGUUGUUGCUGCUGGGCUGGAAGCCUUGGUAGUAGCCAGCCACAGCCCUCUACUGUAGCCAGCUAGCUAGCUGUCUGUGUUGUUGCUGCUGGGCUGGAAGCCUUGGUAGUAGCUAGCUACAGCCCUCUACCGUAGCCAGCUAGCUAGCUGUCUGUGUUGUUGCUGCUGGGCUGGAAGCCUUGGUAGUAGCCAGCCACAGCCCUCUACUGUAGCCAGCUAGCUAGCUGUCUGUGUUGUUGCUGCUGGGCUGGAAGCCUUGGUAGUAGCCAGCCACAGCCCUCUACUGUAGCCAGCUAGCUAGCUGUCUGUGUUGUUGCUGCUGGGCUGAAAGCCUUGGUAGUAGCUAGCCACAGCCCUCUACUGUAGCCAGCUAGCUAGCUGUCUGUGUUGUUGCUGCUGGGCUCGAAGCCUUGGUAGUAGCUAGCAACAGCCCUCUACUGUAGCCAGCCACAGCCCUCUACUGUAGCCAGCUAGCUAGCUGUCUGUGUUGUUGCUGCUGGGCUGGAAGCCUUGGUAGUAGCUAGCCACAGCCCUCUACUGUAGCCAGCUAGCUAGCUGUCUGUGUUGUUGCUGCUGGGCUGGAAGCCUUGGUAGUAGCCAGCCACAGCCCUCUACUGUAGCCAGCUAGCUAGCUGUCUGUGUUGUUGCUGCUGGGCUGGAAGCCUUGGUAGUAGCUAGCCACAGCCCUCUACUGUAGCUAGCUAGCUAGCUGUCUGUGUUGUUGCUGCUGGGCUGGAAGCUAGCCACAGCCCUCUACUGUAGCCAGCUAGCUAGCUGUCUGUGUUGUUGCUGCUGGGCUGGAAGCAUUGGUAGUAGCUAUCCACAGCCCUCUACUGUAGCCAGCUAGCUAGCUGUCUGUGUUGUUGCUGCUGGGCUGGAAGCCUUGGUAGUAGCUAGCCACAGCCCUCUACUGUAGCCAGCUAGCUAGCUGUCUGUGUUGUUGCUGCUGGGCUGGAAGCUAGCCACAGCCCUCUACUGUAGCCAGCUAGCUAGCUGUCUGUGUUGUUGCUGCUGGGCUGGAAGCAUUGGUAGUAGCUAGCCACAGCCCUCUACUGUAGCCAGCUAGCUAGCUGUCUGUGUUGUUGCUGCUGGGCUGGAAGCCUUGGUAGUAGCCAGCCACAGCCCUCUACUGUAGCCAGCUAGCUAGCUGUCUGUGUUGUUGCUGCUGGGCUGGAAGCCUUGGUAGUAGCUAGCGAGUGUGUUAACUUGUUGUGUGUGUGUGUCCGUCCACCCAGGGUCUGGUACUAGGAGUGUACGAGACGGAGAAGGAAGAGGACUCUCUCCAUCUAACUGAAGCGGCAGCUGGGGUCGACAGAGUUCUGUCUGGUAAACUGACUGAGCUGCUAAAGAUGUGAGUCUGUAAGAGUCCACCUCACACACAGACUAUCUGUAAGAGUCCACCCCACACACAGACUAUCUGUAAGAGUCCACCCCACACACAGACUAUCUGUAAGAGUCCACCUCACACACAGACUAUCUGUAAGAGUCCACCGCACACACAGACUAUCUGUAAGAGUCCACCUCACACACAGACUAUCUGUAAGAGUCCACCUCACACACAGACUAUCUGUAAGAGUCCACCUCACACACAGACUAUCUGUAAGAGUCCACCUCACACACAGACUAUCUGUAAGAGUCCACCUCACACACAGACUAUCUGUAAGAGUCCACCUCACACAGACUAUCUGUAAGAGUCCACCUCACACACAGACUAUCUGUAAGAGUCCACCUCACACACAGACUAUCUGUAAGAGUCCACCUCACACACAGACUAUCUGUAAGAGUCCACCCCACACACAGACUAUCUGUAAGAGUCCACCGCACACACAGACUAUCUGUAAGAGUCCACCGCACACACAGACUAUCUGUAAGAGUCCACCGCACACACAGACUAUCUGUAAGAGUCCACCUCACACACAGACUAUCUGUAAGAGUCCACCUCACACACAGACUAUCUGUAAGAGUCCACCUCACACACAGACUAUCUGUAAGAGUCCACCUCACACACAGACUAUCUGUAAGAGUCCACCGCACACACAGACUAUCAGUAAGAGUCCACCGCACACACAGACUAUCUGUAAGAGUCCAACUCACACACAGACUAGCUGUAAGAGUCCACCUCACACACAGACUAUCUGUAAGAGUCCACCUCACACACAGACUAUCUGUAAGAGUCCACCUCACACACAGACUAUCUGUAAGAGUCCACCUCACACACAGACUAUCUGUAAGAGUCCACCCCCACACACAGACUAUCUGUAAGAGUCCACCUCACACACACAGACUAUCUGUAAGAGUCCACCCCACACACAGACUAUCUGUAAGAGUCCACCUCACACACAGACUAUCUGUAAGAGUCCACCGCACACACAGACUAUCAGUAAGAGUCCACCGCACACACAGACUAUCUGUAAGAGUCCAACUCACACACAGACUAGCUGUAAGAGUCCACCUCACACACAGACUAUCUGUAAGAGUCCACCUCACACACAGACUAUCUGUAAGAGUCCACCUCACACACAGACUAUCUGUAAGAGUCCACCGCACACACAGACUAUCAGUAAGAGUCCACCGCACACACAGACUAUCUGUAAGAGUCCACCUCACACACAGACUAUCUGUAAGAGUCCACCUCACACACAGACUAUCUGUAAGAGUCCACCUCACACACAGACUAUCUGUAAGAGUCCACCGCACACACAGACUAUCAGUAAGAGUCCACCGCACACACAGACUAUCUGUAAGAGUCCAACUCACACACAGACUAGCUGUAAGAGUCCACCUCACACACAGACUAUCUGUAAGAGUCCACCUCACACACAGACUAUCUGUAAGAGUCCACCUCACACACAGACUAUCUGUAAGAGUCCACCUCACACACAGACUAUCUGUAAGAGUCCACCCCACACACAGACUAUCUGUAAGAGUCCACCUCACACACACAGACUAUCUGUAAGAGUCCACCCCACACACUGACUAUCUGUAAGAGUCCACCUCACACACAGACUAUCUGUAAGAGUCCACCUCACACACAGACUAUCUGUAAGAGUCCACCUCACACACAGACUAUCUGUAAGAGUCCACCUCACACACAGACUAUCUGUAAGAGUCCACCCCACACACACAGACUAUCUGUAAGAGUCCACCUCACACACACAGACUAUCUGUAAGAGUCCACCCCACACAGACUAUCUGUUAGAGUCCACCCCACACACAGACUAUCUGUAAGAGUCCACCUCACACACAGACUAUCUGUAAGAGUCCACCUCACACACACAGACUAUCUGUAAGAGUCCACCCCACACACACAGACUAUCUGUAAGAGUCCACCUCACACACAGACUAUCUGUAAGAGUCCACCUCACACACAGACUAUCUGUAAGAGUCCACCUCACACACAGACUAUCUGUAAGAGUCCACCCCACACACAGACUAUCUGUAAGAGUCCACCCCACACACAGACUAUCUGUAAGAGUCCACCUCACACACAGACUAUCUGUAAGAGUCCACCUCACACACAGACUAUCUGUAAGAGUGACUGGUGUAAAUAACACCCUCCCUGGUAACUCCUCAGAUCAGGACCAGGUCUGAAGAAAGGGAAGAACAGAAUAUUCUACGGUCUUCAUGAGGUAACACAUAUAUUAACUAUAUGAACAGAAUAUUCUACGGUCUUCAUGAGGUAAUAUAUAUAUAUUUAUAUCACACACACAGUACCAGUCCAAAGUUUCCAUUAUUUUUACUAUUUUCUACAUUUAAUUUUUAAUAAUAGUGAAGACAUCAAAACUAUGAAAUAACACAUGCAAUAAUUACCUGUGUGUGUGUGUGUGUGUGUGUGUGUGUGUGUGUGUGUGUGUGUGUGUGUGUGUGUGUGUGUGUGUGUGUGUGUGUGUGUGUGUGUGUGCGUAUACAGGACUUCCCGUGUAUAGCAGUAGUAGGUCUAGGGAGGAACUCUCUGGGUGUGUGUGGAACAGAAUACUGGGACACCUGUAAGGAGAACAUCAGAGCUGCCGUAGCAGGUCAGUCUCUCUCUUUCCCUCUCAGAACAUCAGAGCUGCUAUAGCAGGUCAGUCUCUCUCUUUCCCUCUCAGAACAUCAGAGCUGCUAUAGCAGGUCAGUCUCUCUCUUUCCCUCUCAGAACAUCAGAGCUGCUAUAGCAGGUCAGUCUCUCUCUUUCCCUCUCAGAACAUCAGAGCUGCUAUAGCAGGUCAGUCUCUCUCUUUCCCUCUCAGAACAUCAGAGCUGCUAUAGCAGGUCAGUCUCUCUCUUUCCCUCUCAGAACAUCAGAGCUGCCGUAGCAGGUCAGUCUCUCUCUUUCCCUCUCAGAACAUCAGAGCUGCUAUAGCAGGUCAGUCUCUCUCUUUCCCUCUCAGAACAUCAGAGCUGCUAUAGCAGGUCAGUCUCUCUCUUUCCCUCUCAGAACAUCAGAGCUGCUAUAGCAGGUCAGUCUCUCUCUUUCCCUCUCAGAACAUCAGAGCUGCUAUAGCAGGUCAGUCUCUCUCUUUCCCUGUCAGAACAUCAGAGCUGCCGUAGCAGGUCAGUCUCUCUCUUUCCCUCUCAGAACAUCAGAGCUGCUAUAGCAGGUCAGUCUCUCUCUUUCCCUCUCAGAACAUCAGAGCUGCUAUAGCAGGUCAGUCUCUCUCUUUCCCUCUCAGAACAUCAGAGCUGCUAUAGCAGGUCAGUCUCUCUCUUUCCCUCUCAGAACAUCAGAGCUGCUAUAGCAGGUCAGUCUCUCUCUUUCCCUCUCAGAACAUCAGAGCUGCUAUAGCAGGUCAGUCUCUCUCUUUCCCUCUCAGAACAUCAGAGCUGCCGUAGCAGGUCAGUCUCUCUCUUUCCCUCUCAGAACAUCAGAGCUGCUAUAGCAGGUCAGUCUCUCUCUUUCCCUCUCAGAACAUCAGAGCUGCUAUAGCAGGUCAGUCUCUCUCUUUCCCUCUCAGAACAUCAGAGCUGCUAUAGCAGGUCAGUCUCUCUCUUUCCCUCUCAGAACAUCAGAGCUGCUAUAGCAGGUCAGUCUCUCUCUUUCCCUCUCAGAACAUCAGAGCUGCUAUAGCAGGUCAGUCUCUCUCUUUCCCUCUCAGAACAUCAGAGCUGCUAUAGCAGGUCAGUCUCUCUCUUUCCCUCUCAGAACAUCAGAGCUGCUAUAGCAGGUCAGUCUCUCUCUUUCCCUCUCAGAACAUCAGAGCUGCUAUAGCAGGUCAGUCUCUCUCUUUCCCUCUCAGAACAUCAGAGCUGCCGUAGCAGGUCAGUCUCUCUCUUUCCCUCUCAGAACAUCAGAGCUGCUAUAGCAGGUCAGUCUCUCUCUUUCCCUCUCAGAACAUCAGAGCUGCUAUAGCAGGUCAGUCUCUCUCUUUCCCUAAAAAAAUGUAAAUCUAAAAAGAAUUACAUGUCAUAUUUGUUCUUACGGAUCUACACAACCCGCUCCACCGUUUUUUACAAGUCAAAAUAAAAAGUCUAGAAUAUUUAGUAUAUUUAUAAGACAUAAAAAAACGAAGAUGUGUUGAUUGGUGGAAGCGCCUUGGGGAGCCAAUACAGCUGUAAAUCAUUUAGAAUCAGAUUCUACCAACUCUUAGUGGCAACAUCAAUAUUUUGUUUGUUGAAAUUGCUCAAGCACAGUAGAUUUUAUUGGGAAUCAUUGAUGGACAGCGAUAUUCAACCCAUAUAGAGGUGGAUGGGUGUAAUGACCAGCUAGUCUGUGUGAUAGGGGGCUCCAGGACCACGCGUUGACCCAUAUAGAGGUGGAUGGGUGUAAUGACCAGCUAGUCUGUGAUAGGAGGCUGCAGGGGGCUCCAGGACCACGCGUUGACCCAUAUAGAGGUGGAUGGGUGUAAUGACCAGCUAGUCUGUGUGAUAGGAGGCUGCAGGGGGCUCCAGGACCACGCGUUGACCCAUAUAGAGGUGGAUGGGUGUAAUGACAGCCAGUCGGCAGCAGAGGGCGCUGUCCUGGGGCUGUUUACAUACGAUGACCUGAAAACCAAGAAGAAGACCAGAGUCACCACCCAGCUACACGGCAGGUACACACACACACACACACACACACACGUACACACACACACACACACACACACGUACACCCUCUCAAUCACACUGACACACACACACACAGACAUCCACUCUCUCUCUCUCUAACCUGUGUGUGUGUCCAGUGGGUGUGUAUCUGGCUGGGAGAAGGGUGUGUUGUACGGAGAAGGUCAGAACCUGGCCCGUUACCUGAUGGAAGCUCCAGCCAAUCACGUCACUCCGUCGGUCUUCGCUGACACCAUCACACACAGAUUGGCUCCCUACGCCGACCACGUCACCAUCCAUAAGAGGUACGCAGGAGGAGGGGGAGGAGGAGGGGGGAGGAG